AACUUUGUCACGAAAACAAAAAUCUAUGAUUUUUCAUAUUUUUCAAUGUUCUCACACUUUCAAAGAAUAUAUUAGCUUAUUCACUUACUUAUUUUUUUUUACAAAACAAAGUAUCGGAGUCUUGAAUGUUGAAUUCAUAUUAUUGUAAUUGUACAUAAAAUUUUGUGAUUACAUACUUAGUGAUUCUUGUAUAUGUGUUCAAGAAAGUUUCAAUGGCUUAGUGGUGACUGUCCUAUAUUAAUGUCAUAAUAACCCGGGUUCGAUCCUUUCCUUCGCAUUGUUUUUCAUUUUUUACGAAAAAAUAAAUGAAAUGACGUGGCAAUUUUGGGCUCUCUGAUUGGUUGAUUUUUCUAUCCUACGUGGACACCCUUUUCAUGGCUUAUAUUUACCUUUUAGUAUAGUAUAGAUUCGGCUCGGUCUCGCUUAGGUUUGGGUUUAGUAAUACAUCUUAAACCCGGUUGAACCCAUUUACUUAUCGGGUUCGGAUCUAAUCAGGUUUUGGCUAUCCACUUACCUAUAUUUUACCCAAAAGUACCUGUUUUAGAAAUUUCUUCCUGCAUUUUUUUCAUGAAAAACAUGUCAUACAAAGCAAAACACAAGACGUACCAUACGAGCGAAACAUAUGCAAUGGUUCUAAACAUUACAAGUAUAGUAGGUCAAUGAAAGAAGAGACCAUAUACACGUUAAUUACAAACAAAGUAGGUGUAUAUGUUUCCUUCCUUUUCCUAUUUUUUUUUUUGAAUUAUACAGAGGUAUCCUGGCCCCACAUAAGUGAUCCAGACUAGUCACGUGUUGCCACGUGUCGGUCAUCUGUCCCUGACGAUGCCAAAAUGUUAAUUCCCCAGUGGCCGGGAUUCGAACCCAGGUGGCAGUACUCACAGCUGUAAGCCCAUUACCACUAGAGCUAGAAGCCCCGGUUAAAAUGUGAGUGUAUCUUAACAAAUACAAUACUAUGAUAAUUUUAACUCCUUUUCCUAUUUUAGUAUACUGCAUCUUCAGACUGAACUUCAUGUUCUUUGCCAGCUCCAUUGUUCUGUGAGGAUGAUGAAUCCAUCUGCAAAAAGUAAACCAUAAUAUUCAGAGCCAAACAAAACACAAUUACAUAACAUGAUAACAUAAUGAAUAAAAUAAUACAAUUUGAAAGAAACUUAGCACACGUAGCAUCAAACAACUACCAAUAAUAUUCUUUGAAAAGAAACUUAGCACACGUAGCAUCAAACAACGAUGCAUAAUGAAUACAAUUAUAUAGUAAUAUACUCUUUGAAAGUAACUUAAAUCAUUGUUCAUCGCACGCAUCUAACUAGCAUCAAAGACGGAUUUAAAAACGAAACAGAGACAAAACACUAACAAACCAGAAAACAACUACUCAGCACAGUAUCCAAAUAGGCAAAUAGCAUCAAACAACGAAGCAUAUAUGGUGAAGAAAAUAGUUUAAAACGUUCUGUAGAAGCAUAUUAAAAAAGUUUCAGCCCAAAAACUUUUUUUUUAACGCUGAUUUAUUAUGAUAUUACAAUUAUAAAAAAGAUUACAUAGACGAUCUGACAACCGACAAUACUACCUGUCUUAUAAAGAUCUACCCAUUAUACCAAAAGAAAAGAUCCAAUCAGUUAUUGACAAAGAUCCGAACCCGACCCAAACAGGUUUCGCGUGUUUUCGGGUUCGGAUUAUUUGCCCCGGGCCUACGGCUAUACCACUAGAAAACAACGAUGUGACUACCACGUAUAAAACUUGUAGACAAAAAAAAACAGUUGUGCGUUGUCGUGUACAAGGUGUAAGAAAACAGGUAUAUACAUGCGAGUGCGACUGAUGUAAAAGUUGAUAAACAGUCGUUAGCAACAGAUCAUCCAAAUAAUUUUUUUUUUUGUUAACCGAGUAUCCUGGCCCCACUGUGGUGGUUCAGACUAGAAACCAAAGUGAGCAUGGACCCGAAGGUCACCAGGUGGCUCACCGUUUUACAGUUUUCGGUCUCGAAUGCUGCAGCACAUAUGUAAAUUCCGCAGUGGCCAAGGCUCGAACCCAGGGACGGACACUCCAGCUGGAGUUCCUAUACCACUAGACCAAAGCAACUUGGUUAAAUCCAAAUAAUCUAGGAACGAUCAAAAUAUGAUUUGGUUUAUAUGGGUUUUAGAUGACACUGACAGAAGAAAGAUUAAACCUGAAAACUGUUUAGAGUUAUCAAUACAAGCUUUCAAAGAUUGAUGCACUUUCUUUCUUGUCACAACGAUUGGUAGACUAAUUAUAUAUCAUAAACGCAGCAUAUCAUCGAGAUUAUCGUGAGUUUUGGUUAAGUAAUAUGCUUCUGUAUUUUUAUGUCAGUAAAACUACAUAUUAAUCUGGGCUUAAUAAAUUAUUUGGGAGAAAAGGACAAAAUUUAAGAUAAUUUGACUUGGUCAUUACUUGUUUUAUACUUCUAUUCAAUAGUUGACUUUCUUCAAGUUCUUAACUUCUUCUGGUUCCGGUUUUCACUGAACUGAUUCAACCAUAAACAUAAAGUAAGCACAUGAAAACUAAGUAUUAUCGUCAUCAGUAAUAAAUAAUAGCAACAAUUAAGACCGAGAGCUCAACGUGUCUCAUGCAUGUUCCAAGCUCGUUGAAACAACCUCUUUCCUAAAUAUAAACAUGUGUUGGGAGUUAUGGUUGUUUCUUUUUUUUUUUUUUUUUUUUUUUUUAACUAACUUAUAUAUUAAUUAACGAAACCAACUCCGGAGGGCGAACCGGAACAAGACCUCCGGUUAGUCGAUGAAGAAACAGUGAACGUUGAAAAUAGAUUGGGCUUAUCGCUAAGUACAUGGGAAAGUAAAUGAAAUAAACAGCGGAAGGGAAAGAAUUCCGGCUCGAAGGACCAGAAUGGUCACUCGUCAUCACCUGAAAAACGCGGCCAACGACACCGACUUAGCCAAGGCCAAGCCGAACACUGUAUCUUCAUAUCCUUUUCAAAAGAGGCGCCGACACACAGAUUCAACCAUCACCAGACAAUACUUUCACCCGUCGGACCGAAACCGUGGAAGUUGAAACAGACCACACCAUCGGAGUUACCGCCUUCCCCAAAUGGUCCAUUUUUAUGUCCAAAGCUCUAACCCAAGAAGGUGCUACCCUCCUAAACCGCUGCCCCGCACCACGGAGAUUCAAGAAGGUCCACUCCAUCAAACCAAUAAGAGGCUCAUUCACAAAAAAAACGGAUCCAAGAUAGCAGCAGCGCCCAAUACCAAUAGGCUCCUUAAGACCUGAAAAGCUACUAGAAAGCAACACUACUGAUGUAGGGAGCGAGACAUCAGAACUGGGAUGUGAUGCAGCCAACAAGCAGAGUCAUCGAGGAAGGGACAUGAAGCUGGAGACUACCCAAGCUAAGCCACCACCUCACUGCUUGCCGUUUCCGAGAACCAGAACGCAGCUAGCUUCAUAUCGUCAAACUGUCGCAGCGAUGACAAAGCUACGACCCCACAAGGAAGCACAUGAGCAAACGCCAAAGAAAACUUACCGGUAGCUUCUGAGACGGACUGAAAAAGGACACCGAGUAGAGACAUUGCAGAUGAGAAAGAGGUCUCCGGAACCGCAACGACGUGGCCAUAGACGACCAAAUCGGGACGCAGCCCAUUGAACCUCCACACGCCAACACUAGAAGCUCUAGCACGCACCAGAAACCCCCUAGGAAAAGACGCACCUCCGAGAAGAGAGCACUCCAGAGCUCUCAUGAUGCCGGGUCAAAAGAUAAGGCUAGCCAAGACGCCGAGGAAAGCCACCAACCUGGAAACCCAGCACCGCACCUCGAAACCAGACCACAACGGGCAGAUCUAACGAUUGAAGCCCAGAUCUGGAGGAGGAACCGCCACAUCUCCCACACGCACCACUGUCUUGUACGAGUGAGUUCAAACGGAGAUGGAAAAAGAACCCACUCUAAACCCUGAAAAGCCGACCCCUUCGACUUGUCACCGCAUCUCCAGCCUCAUAGUCACACCGGAGAGCCAAACUCCACCAAGUCCAGGUCGCGAAUCCGUCGUUAAUGAAGCUCUUCUUCUAGGGUGACACACAUAUCGGGUGGAAAACGACAGUGAGGACAAAGGAGCAAAGAAAAAUAAGUAAAGGGGGGAGAGAAGCCCUCCGGCGGCGGCGAAACGGAGGCCACGCGCCGGAGGCAGACACAGAUCUGACGAGAGAAAACUUAGAGUGAGGAAGGGUUAGAGAGAGACCGAGUUAUGGUUGUUUCGUAACGGGUUACUCUUGGUACUCCGUACUCGUUUGACAAAACCAGACUACUUUUUUUGUGUGAUCAACAAACCAAGCUAGUUUAGAAAUAACAUAACCGAUGUUCAAUCUCUCUAUCGAAAGACCUCUAAAUCGCUAACCGGUUUGACAUAAAUACGUGCAAUAGCUUAUUAUUGCCUAUUGCCAUAUUGCUGGUCUCUGAUAUGCUUGCCAGCGUUGAUACAGAACUCGGGGCUACCUCUAUACGUCAUUGACUUUGAUAAGUCAUAUACCUUAUUUUCUGUAAUUAAGCUCGUGUUCAAGAUGUAUGUGUAUUUUGUAUCUAUAUAUAUAUAUAUAUAUAUAUAUAUAUAUAUAUAUAUAUAUGCAUUUUCAAACCUUCUGUAUGAUAUUAACUCAUUAUUUAUCAAUAUGUACACGUAAAUACGUAACAUCAGAAAUCGUGCGUAUCUUUGUACGGUUGGUCAAACGAAUAUGUUAAUAUUCUUGGAUAUAUAGUAAUGUGGCAUGAAAAAUGAUCUGAAAGAGAUAAAUAUACAUAAUAUUAUCUUUGGUUUCAUUAUUAACAAAUUGAAUUAUGCAAGUUGUAGUUUCAAUGUAUUCACACAAGGGAUCAACUUGUCCUUAACAUUUGGAUUCAUACAAAAAGAAACAAUAUAAAUAUUUAGUUCCAUAGAUUGACAUAUUGAAAUUAAUAAAGAUAUCAUUAUAAAAAAAAACUUUUUUAGAGAUAUGUCGACCUCAUAACUAAAGCUGACGUUGUCACCAACUCCUAUACUUUGUUAAGACAAUUAAUCAAACACAUAUAUUCGAUCAAUUUACAUUUAGUCAUUUAUAGUUUUUAUAGUAUUUUCAAAACAACUUUAUCUUGAAAAGUGGCAAAACCUCAAAUUUAAAAUCUGGGAGAGUGAUUUUCUACAAAAGAAGAAAUUUGACUUUGAAAAUCGUAUGUUUUACAUUGUAAUCUUUACUAUUAUAAUUUUUUAUAUAACUAUAAAAAAUACAAUAGAAAAUAUUAUAAACAAUAUUAAUCAUGAAAUAGUAUAUUCUAGUACAAAAUUAAAUAUAAAAUUAAUUAUACCACAAAUUUUAAAUGAAUUACAUAAUCAUUUACUAUAAUUCUUUUCAUUUUACUGAUCAUAUAUAAUCAAAUAGUGCAUUUUGAAGUGAUAAAAUGAGUUUCUAUUAUUUUUAUUUGUAGAUUUCAAAGUAAGUUUGUUUAGUUCAAUAUUGUUUUGUAUAAUGUUUCGUUUUUAUGUUAUUAUAUAUCUUGUAUUUUGCAUAAGACAUAAUAUCGUAAGGAUUGAAAUGAUGACCAAAAAAAUAAAGUUAUUUGGAAAAUAUAUAAUUUAAAAGACUAACAAACCUUGAAACUUUAGAAUAAUAAAACUUAACUUUCAGUAUGCAAACUUCUAAAUUUAGUCUUAAAGUUGCUUUUAGAGUAUAUAAAACUUUAUAUUUACAGUCAUGAGAUGCUUUUACGUAAAGAAUUAUGAGAAUUAUACCUUUAUACUUUUAAUUGUUCGUCCUAAUUUCUUAUAUACAUAUCUAUAAAGAAACUACAUGAAAGUUACUCGUACGGAAUAUUACGUACCUUAUACGUAUAGAAGACGUAAUCAAAUAUUUGUUUGGUCAUCCAAACAUUGAGAAGCCAUCUCUAUAUAAUGCUCAAAGACAUUACAUUGAAUUAUAAAACUUUAUAUUUUAACUCAAAAGAUACUUUUACCAAAAGAAUUAUACCUUAUAUACUUUUGAUUAUUGGUUCAAAUAAUUUAUAUAUAUCGAUAAAAAACUACAUGAUUGUUACUCGUACGGAACAUUUCAAAGCUUGCACGUAUAGAGAAGCUAGUCAACUGUCUGUUUUGGACCUUUGGUCAUUGGUUUCACUCAUACAUUGAGGAGCCAUCUCUCUAUAUAAUGUUCAAUGACCUUUACAAAGACAGCCAAGAUAUUAAGAGUUACGUGACUCCAUUAAACCUCAGCCAGUCAGCCAUGGUGAAAAUGGCUAAAUCUGUUACUUUCUCAACCUCUACUUCUGCGUCAAACCUUUCAUCUCAUCCUUCUUUCACUUCUCUUGCUUCUUUCAAUUCUCUUCCUGCUUCUCCACUCAACCAGCACUUUUCUCAGUCCAUGAUGGAGGAAGCCUUAGAGUCUGCAGACUCAAUCAUCAAGAAGUGGGAUCCUAACUCACAGUCCUACAGGAAGAUCAUCUCUCUGUUCAGACACAGCAGAAAACAAGCCAAAGAAUUCAUCGGAUGCGUCCGUGACUUACGCAGAGCCAUGCACUUUCUUGUCUCUCAAGACUCCAAAUCUGACAAGCUUGUGCUUGCCCAGAACCUGAUGCAGAUUGGCAUGUCCACGCUGGAGAAAGAGUUCUUUCAGAUACUGUCUUCUAACCGAGACCAUCUUGAUCCUGAUUCUGCCUCUGGUCAGUCCACAAUAUCUAGCAAUUCAGAGUUCGAAGUUUAUAUGGAUUAUGAUGAGGAUGAUGAUGAUGAGCUGAAGAAGGCUGGUGAAUCCAUCUCUCAGGUGGAGAAAGCCUCAGCUCUGGUGAUGUCAGACUUAAAGGUCAUAGCAGAGACUAUGAUCAGCUGUGGUUAUGGUAAAGAGUGCAUAAAAAGCUAUAAGUUGAUUAGAAAGUCUAUUGUUGAUGAAGGGCUACACUUGCUUGGGAUCGAGAAGGUCAAGACCUCUCAUUUUCAAAAAAUGGACUGGGGCGUGCUGGAGCAUAUGAUCAAGAACUGGAUCAAAGCUGCAAAGAUUGGAGUCACAACACUCUUCAGAGGAGAGAAGCUUCUCUGUGAUCAUGUCUUCUCUGCAUCCGUUACAAUAGGACAAUCUUGCUUUAACCAGAUAGCCAAGGAAGCAGGACUCAAUCUCUUCAUGUUGCCUGAGCUCGUAGCCAACAAGGAGAAAAAACAACACCACCAUGAGAGGAUCUUCAAGAUGAUGGAUCUCUAUGCAGCUAUCUCCGACCUUUGGCCAGACAUAGAAAUGGUAUUCAGCUUUGAUUCGUUAGCUUCUGUGAAGACUCUUGUCCUCUCUACGCUCAAGAAACUCAAGGACUCUAUCCACAUGUGUCUUAAGGAGUUCGACACGAUGAUACACAAGGAUUCUUCUAAAGAACUUUCCCCUGAAGGAGGGGUUCACAAGCUGACUCGGACAACGAUGAAUUUCAUAUCAUCGUUGUCUGAAUACAACCGUGUGUUGUCUGAGAUCCUUACAGAGCAUCCUCUUAAGACAAACACUCGCUUGCUAGAAUCUUACUUCACGGCUCCUAUCUUGGAAGAUGAACAUGUCAACAACCAUGCAUGCUCGGUCCAUCUGGCUUGGCUCAUACUGGUUUUUCUUUGCAAGCUAGACACCAAAGCAGAGAGUUACAAUGAUGUCUCUCUCUCUUACAUCUUUCUUGUGAACAACAUGCAGUUUGUGGCUGACACUGUUCGUUCUAGUCACCUCAAGAACCUCCUCGGUGACGAUUGGCUCACAAAGCACGAGGCAAAACUCAAAAGCUAUGCUGAAAAAUACGAGAAAACAGCUUGGGCCAAUGUUUUGGUAUCUUUACCUGCGAAGACAAGUGCCAAGCUAUCACCAGAGGAGGCCACAACAUGCUUCAAGAGAUUUCACGCAGCGUUCGCAGGAGCAUACUUGAAACAAUCAUCAUGUGUUAUAGUGGAUACGAAGCUUAGGGACGAGCUUAAGGUUUCUAUAGUGAAGAAACUUGUACCGGAGUACAGAGAGUUUUACGAGAAGUAUUUGCCAAUGUUGAGACAAGACAGAAACAUAGAGAUGUUGGUGAGUUUUAAGCCUGAUAAUUUGGAGAAUUAUCUCUCAGAUCUUUUCCAUGGAACACCAAUGCUCACUGGAUCUUCUCAUUCUGCUACUGCUUCUUUGUUUUCUCCAUCUUGUUUCUCAAUUAGAUGUGUAAAACACUAAAACUCACACUUAGACAUUACCAUUCUCACUUUAUGAAUCUACAAUC